AUGAACAAGAAUUCUGUUGCAGCUCGACGUCGAUCUGGAGACGAAUUGGAUGUAUUCCCCUCAGGUGCCGGACGGGCAAAUCAUAAGCCUGAAAGACUCGAUAAGACGGACAGAAAGAGACGCUCAAUCGUCAUUAUCGAAGUUAGAGGGAAAGGACUGCCAGAUUCUUUCAUUCAUGCUGGCGACAUCCCUCCUGCACUUCGUUGGCAAUCCAUGGUUGCAAACUCACUUCAACAGCGAAACUUGCGGGUACUGAACAGUCAAUCACCACCAGAUAUUACUAAGCCGUACUUGAGUUCGGCCCUCAUCUCUCCAGCACAGCCACCACUUCUAAGAGACUUGAUCCAGCCUCAUCGCUUUCCCGAUAUUCUGUCGCCGGGAAUACUUCUCCUAGAGAUAGGACGAGGGUCUCCCAUGGCGUUGAACGAGUCCCAUGACACAACUCUCGUGGCUCAUAAGUUUAGGGAAGCCUGGGCCGAUGAUUUGCUUACAAAGUUUUCGAGGACGAUUCCUGCUGGCCUUCAUCGAGCUAUUUCCGCCUGUAUCGGCCCACGAGGGUCCAGAUACAACGUUCUCGAUAAGGCGCUGAACAGAGACUUUACAAUGAGGAAAUAUAUCUUUGAAAGGAUCCUGUACCCACUCGAAGAUGCUCUCUCUGCCGCCUACAAAAUUAAGUUGAAUGAGUCGCAUGCUGAUAUCUCGUCUGUGGAGGGAGUCAAGGAAAUGGAACAUUCCGAUCACCAGGACGAGUAUCAACAGGAAAGAGAAUAA